AUGGAUAGCAGCAGCAGUGACGACGAUCAUGUGCCUAUCGCGAUGCUGCGCAAGAAGAGCAAGACGCCCACACUCAAGGGCUCGUCACCUUCGACUCGACGCAGCGUGAAGCAAGAGACGCCGUUUAAGGAAGACGAGGACUCGGACAGUGUACCGUUGGUGCAAUUAAAGAAGAAGAAGAAGACCGCAGAACGUGACCAGGUGGCCAAGAGAAAUGGGGUGACAGCUGACGCGAAGAAAGCGGUCGUGAAGAAAGAGACGGGCGUGAAGCGCAAGGUUUCGUCGUCGUCGUCGUCGUCGCUGUCGGUGAAGAGCCGGAGAACGGCAUCCAAUGGGAAGGUCAAAGUCAGAGAUUGA